AACGACAUUCAUAUUUAGUAAAAAUAAUUUUCAGGACAUAAAAUGGUUUUUAUCGAAUUUAUAUGAACUAAUAAUGGAUGAACACGAGUUCUUCAAAGAGACAGUGCAACAUUUGGCGCGUUGUUUAUCGAACAUAAACCCAACGCCAUGGGAAAAGGUCAACACCUUGUUUAUGCUGUGCCCGCAAGCCAGCUCAUCACUGGUAGUGACAUCUCGGAGUCAGGAGGCAUGCAUAGCUCUUGGCCUCUACUUCCUACACAGCGGACAGCAGCAUCAAGACAAACUGCUCCCGUACUUUUUGAAGGUUCUAAAGUGUCUCAAUAAUGCACAGUUUGAAGAGCCUCAGUGUAGAGUUAAAAAUAUUGAUCGCAUUCCUAUGUCAGAGAAGUUCAGUUUCUGUCUGAAUACACUCCUCUCUGACAUCGCUGCCAAACAGCCUUCCACCAGGGAAGAAAUCAUCAAAGCCCAAAUUGAGCUUAUGUCGAAUCUGACGAAGACAAUCAUUAACUGUCACGAGAGCAAAGACUACACGCAAACGAUUUCAAAGCUUCAAUUAUGCAAAAGUACAAUACCAAUUCUGAUAGGAUUAGCUAGAUCAAUGGGCAGAUAUGCAACUGUGGACCCUCCAUUACUAUGCCGCCUUUUUCCUCAACCCAGCAGUCCAUUGAAGUCCAAAGAACCUGAAACAAAUUUCGAGUAUUCCACAUUAGACAAGAAGAGGAAAUUCAACCAAUUCAGACCAAUUAUUCCUCGUUCCUUAUCGGGAAAUCUGAAUCCUAAUAAUGAGAACGGAAUGGUUAAUGGCACGGAUACCGUUGAUAGUUCCGGGGGGACCCUUAAAAGAGGCUCCUUACACAGCUAUAGUUCAGUACCUUAUGACCCUACCACGUACUUCUUUCACAAGUUCGGAUCUAGCUUCAAUCAAUUCCCUUAUAUGAGGUUCUCGGAAUCUCCUGAGAAGAGGAUCAACGUCCAGUUCUAUGUGGCGUAUUUGCAGUCAAUAUUGACGGUGGCUAAGGAUUUACUGACGAAAGAACUGCUCGCGUUCCUGGAUGAAGAAGCUGAGGAUAUUUACGCUUCCGGACAAAUUCAAGUUUUUCCAUAUAAAUCUUUCUCGGAAACCCUGAAUUUGGUAAUGGUAACUCUGCUACGGGAAUUAUUGCAACAUCAGAAGAAUCUUCCGGGCCCCUUUACUAAAGAUGUCCAGGAGUUUGUAAAAUGCCUCUUCUUAAGCGGACAAACAGAACUACAGAGCCGGCACCACGAUGCCUCUGAGAAAGAAGACAGAGAAAAUAACUUCGCUUCAGUAAACAAGUUCAAAGUGAACGUGAUGGCCAAUUCGGCGUGCGUCGAUCUGCUUGUAUGGGCUAUAGGUGACGAGACUGGUGCGGAUUCAUUAUGCGGCCGUUUGACGGAGAAAAUAAAUUCUAAUCACAACCAUAAAUUGAUAUUAGCACAUAUGCCGCUCCUGAUGGUCUGUCUUGAAGGACUUGGUAAAUUAGCGACAAAGUUUCCGACAAUUGCGAACACUUCAAUUUAUUGCUUAAGAGAUUUCCUCGUUACUCCAUCGCCGAUACUGUUCAAGUUACACAAAUUGGAGUUAGAAAAAACUGGCAAGGAACACAUGAAGGUUACAUUACAGGGGAAAGAACUCCAGGGUUUGACGGAAACCGGCGUCCCAGUGAAGUCGACGCCUUUCGAGAAGCUUCGAGACGCCGCAAUAGAGAAUCUGUGCGUGGCGCUUGAAGCUGCACUCACUGUGGACUUGGUCUGUGUCCCAGCACUUGUGGGCUCAGUUAGUAACCGAUUGUUUACCGCUGAAACUAGUGACAGUGAAUCGUCGCUGAUCAGUACAAACAUCGUUAUCAUGUUGGGACACGUCGCCGUCGCCCUCAAGGAUACGCCCAAAACUACAGAUACAAUUCUGCAAUUUUUCCAACAAAGGCUAUGCCGCUCCCCAUCGUCUUUGGACACUUUGAUAGUAGACCAGCUCGGCUGUAUGGCGCUGGCGAGCCCCGAGGGGCCCGCACACGACGAGAUCAUGCGCAUGUUCACAGUCAUUACCGUAGAAGCAGCCAGCGCGGCCUACCAUCACACUGACGAUAGGAAGCAGUAUAGACAUGUAUCGGGGGCAGUUCUGAACGCGCUUGCGAACAUAGCGGCAAAUGUUCGCGGCACUAAUGCGCGUUUAGAACUGCUCACGCGUUUGCUGGAGUUGUUCGUGCAGUUGGGACUUGGCGGGGAACGUGCCACCGACCGUUCGCCCGCACCCGUGCUGAAGGCAUCGGGUAGCGCGGGCAAUCUUGGCGUGCUUAUACCCGUUAUUGCAGUUCUAGUCAAGAGGCUCCCGCCCAUCAAACAUCCAAAGCCCAGACUUCACAAGCUGUUCAAAGAUUUCUGGCUAUAUUGUGUAGUCAUGGGUUUCACAGCUGCAGAUUCAGGUUUAUGGCCCCAAGAAUGGUACACGGGUGUAAAAGAGAUAGCCGUCAAAUCACCCUACCUUGUUUCUCAAACGUCGUUGCGUUCGGAAAUGCGUGAACUGCAAUACACGUCCGCUGUGAGGAACGACUCGGUGUCCCUGAAUGAACUCCAGGAAUUAAAGACGCAGAUACUGAAUCUGCUGGACCACCCGGCGGAUAUUACCGUUAUGGUGAACAAGUUGACAUUCGCGCCUUGUAUGUACCUGCUUAGCGUAUACUGGUUAGAAACAUUAAGAGUGUGCAACUCUCCAGAGCCAAGUUUACAACCAAUUAUUGAAUAUUUAAGUGAUACAGCGUUACAAAAAGACAAAAGCGGCAUGUGGCAAUGUGUAGCUAGUGUUGGAGACAAAGUUUUCGAAAAGUUUCUGGAUGUAAUGUCUGACAAAGUGAAGGACGAGUCCAGGGAGAGGGAACUGGAAGGUCACGCGCAGUUCCUGCUGGUGAACUUCAAUCAUAUACACAAGCAGAUCAGACGGGUAGCGGACAAGUGGCUAUCAGGACUGGUUGACAGGUUCCCGCAUCUCUUAUGGAAUUGUCGGUCCAUUGUAAAAGAUUUCGCUGAUCGUUGCCAUGGAAUAGUACAAGAAGCAAUGAAGUGGGCACCUCAGUCUACACGAUCUCAUUUGCAAGAAUAUUUGAAUCAGAUUACUGGAGCUGUGUUUGCGGAAGGUGGCGGUGAAGCGGCGAUAUGGCGUGUCGGUGCUCGGCUGCAUACAGCGCUUAAGGAUGCUUGCAGCGGCGGCAGUGAAACUUCUCAUCGAGCUGCGUUAUGGCGCGCAACAGCGCUUCUAGUACACGCACGUCACCAGCCGGCACAAGCGAACGCGGCGCCGAUUGCAAGGGGACUGUUGCAUUCUGUCGCGUGGUCCCAAGUAGAGAUAUUCACAGAGGACGCCGUGACCACAGCUGUGGAAUGCUGGCAGUGGUUGACGACCGCUCGGCCGGAUCUCGAAUUGAGGUUGCUACAGGAAAUAUUCGCGGCCUGGCAGUGUACCGUCGAUAGGAAAAUGGGACUGUUCUCCAAGCAGGUGGAAGAGAUCAGCCCUCUCGCUGCUUAUGAAGGAUCGAAGUUGGAACCUCGUCCGCCAUUCGUUGCAGCACACGCAGUAUGGGUUCGAUAUUUAUGCGAAGUUGCAGAAACGGCGAAAUAUAAUAGUUUAGAGAAAGUCGAGAUGUUGGCCAGUUUGCUCCACAGAACACUGCCUAUUACAGUAGGCGAUGUAAGGGACCACAUAAAUAGACAUGUUGAAGCAGUCGGCGUUCGUUUUAAACUGCUAUCUUGUGGAUUAUCUCUUCUCCAAGGAGAUAUUCUUCCUCGUUCGCUAGCACGGAAUAUCCUCAGGGAGCGGGUGUACAGCACAUGUCUAGAUUACUUCUGCAGGGGCCUCCAAUCCCCCGCCAAGACUUCUGGAGCAUUGAGGGAGGAUAUAAUAUCGUUGAUCAAGUUCUGGCAGUUGCUGCAUUCGGAUAAGAAGUAUCUGAAAAAUAGUGAUAUUGGUGAAUUUGAAUUAAUGCGCGGUGUGAGCAGCCAGCAAAGUCUUUACACGUCCAACUCACCGACGGACAAUCGUUCAUCUGUCAAUAGUAGUGAUAUUGGCAAUCGACAGACAACCGGAUGGAUCAACACGGUUCCAAUGUCGACGACGACAUUGAGUAGCGGAGCGGGCAGCAUAGCGGGCAAGCGGUCGAACCGCAGCGUGAAACCGCCCGUCAAAUCACAGGACACGUUCGUCAAAGAUUACGUCAAGAAAAGAAAUCUCAUACUCGAGUUGAUGGCUGUAGAAAUCGAAUUCCUGGUAACUUGGCACAACCCUCAUAGCCGGCCCGAGCAAGCAAUACCGGGCGAGGACAAUAUAGCAACUUGGCGUGCCAAACCGAACACAGACCGCACUUGGCGGGACUAUGCCAAGUUCGCGUGGGAUAUCAGUCCGACAUUAGCCGUAUUCUUGCCUGAAAGAUUAAAGAGUGAAAGUAUAGUAGUAGAAAUGAGACGGAAAGUGCAAGCGCAUCCGACUUCAGUGUGUCAUGUGCCACAAGCUCUUAAAUAUCUAGUCACCACUGACACGUUGCUCAAUGAUGCACACGAGCUGGUGCACAUGGUGACGUGGGCGCGCGUGUCGCCCGUGGAGGCGCUGUCGUACUUCAGCCGGCAGUACCCGCCGCACCCGCUGUCGGCGCAGGCGGCCGUCUGCACGCUCACCUCCUACCCCUCCUCGGCCGUGCUGCUCUACAUACCGCAGCUGGUGCAGGCGCUGCGGCACGACACGAUGGGUUACGUUGCGGAACUGAUUAAAUCUCUAGCGAAGAAAUCGCAAGUGGUGGCUCACCAACUCAUAUGGAACAUGCAUACAAACUUGUAUACUGAUGAGGAGAUGCACAAUAAAGAUACGGCAUUGUUUGAUAUAUUGGAAAGUCUAAUAAAGUCAAUAGUGGACUCGUUGUCUGGUCCGGCUAAGGCUUUCUACGAAAGGGAGUUCGAUUUCUUCGGACAAAUCACGAACAUAAGUGGCAUCAUACGACCGUACCCGAAGGGCGCGGAGAGGAAAAGGGCGUGUCUGGAGGCACUGAAGAAUAUCAAGGUGCAACCUGGGUGCUAUUUACCAUCAAAUCCUGACUCAAUGGUUGUAGAUAUCGAUUAUAAAAGCGGUACCCCUAUGCAGAGUGCGGCAAAGGCGCCAUAUUUAGCUCGGUUCAGAGUCCGCAAGUAUGGUAUAGCGGAAAUGGAAUCUGUCGCUAUGGCCGUCGCAUCCGGGGAAGAACCACCUGCGGAGGAAGGCAAAGAUAAAUACACAUCAAUAGCAGCGGAGACAUGGCAAGCGGCUUUAUUCAAAGUGGGCGAUGACGUGCGACAAGAUAUGCUCGCGCUGCAAGUUAUAUCACUGUUCAAGAACAUAUUCCAACAAGUUGGGUUGGAUUUGUAUCUUUUCCCUUAUAAAGUCGUCGCUACAGCACCUGGGUGUGGUGUAAUAGAAUGCGUGCCAAAUGCGAAGUCUCGAGAUCAGCUCGGACGACAGACAGACAUCGGCAUGUAUGAGUAUUUCAUUAAGAAAUAUGGCGACGAAACGACCAGAGAGUUUCAGGCUGCGAGACGUUGCUUCGUAACGUCGAUGGCGGCAUACAGCGUUAUCGGAUUCCUGCUGCAGAUUAAAGAUCGGCAUAACGGGAAUAUUAUGCUUGACACGGAUGGACAUAUCAUACAUAUAGAUUUUGGCUUCAUGUUCGAAUCAUCACCGGGAGGCAAUCUCGGAUUCGAGCCUGACAUCAAAUUGACGGACGAAAUGGUGAUGGUGAUGGGUGGCAAGAUGGAAGCGCCACCUUUCCGCUGGUUCUGUGAGCUGUGCGUGCAAGCCUUCUUAGCAGUCAGACCGUACCAAGAAGCGAUAAUUUCUAUGGUCUCGCUCAUGUUAGACACAGGUUUGCCCUGUUUCCGUGGGCAGACUAUUCGUCUUCUUCGCUCCCGUUUCGCGCCCAACUCGACAGAAAAGGAGGCGGCGGCGUUCAUGCUCUCCGUCAUUCGGAAUUCGUUCCUCAAUUUCAGAACUAGGACUUAUGACAUGAUACAGUACUACCAAAAUCAAAUACCCUAUUAGUUCCUAUUGCGGUAGUUUGUUUCUUAAAAGCUAUAUUUAUUUAAUUCUUGGUGGGAAUUAAUUUCUUCAUCCUUUCACUUAUAUGUAGAUGUAUAAAUAGGUGUUGCACAAAUGUAUACAAAAAAGCGAACGCUAGUUAUUAGUUGUUUUUAUUAUAUUUAGAAGAAUUCUGAUUCUAAUUAAUUGAAUAGAAAAUAGACCCAGUUGUACAACGCAUUAACAGAAUGGUUUUUUUUGUUUGUUAUUGUUUUAGUAAUAUUUGUAUGUUAUAGCUCUUUGCGAAUUGUGGCAAGAAGAAAGACUAAGAAACUUGGCUGAUUCUGUAUUGAACAUAAGUUAUAAAAGUUCGCGCUAAGCUGAUUCGAUAAUUCGACAUGUAAGACUGUCUGUUCCAACCUCUAAAUACUUCUAGAUUUAUUUUCAUAUAUCUCUGCAAGUCGAAAUUUAGCAAUGCUGAACAGGUUUUUGUGUUAAUUUUUAAGAAACACAGUAGUAUACAUUAUGUGCGGCAUUUAUUUAAAUCUAUAUCUUGAGAUCACUCUAGUUAAAGUAUAUUUCAUUACGGGAGACAAAAAAUACGCUUAGACAAUUUUAUGAUGGACGAAAGUCCAAAUUAUUAGUAUAUGUGAUAAUGAAUCUUAUUUAUCUGAAACUAUCAUUGACGGUUUUAUUUUUAUGCCAAUAGAAUUGCUAUUUCUUCAUAUUUUUUCUAAAUGAAUAAAGUUAUAUCAUAUUAACACUGCCAGAAGAUAUAUUUUUCUUUAUAGUAUUUUUUUUAAUUGUAAUCGAAUAACACGUAGUUUUGAAAAUCAUUAAUUCAUUGGUACAGUAAAAAAUUGUCAGGGGUAAGGAUUUAAAAUCACGCGGAUAUGAGAAAAAUGGGAAACGCGAAAGAGAUUAAGAU